AUGUCGACACUUGAGGAGCUCGAGGAUCUCGAUCGCCGGGAAAAGGAUGACAAGAAGAGAGAGGACCGCGAUGGCAAGGGCGACAAGAAUGCAGAGGGAGAUGAGGAUAUGAAGGAGGCUGACGAAGAAGACGAUAUCCUGGACGAGGAGAUUCUUGGACUCAGCACGCAGGACAUCCUGACACGAAAACGGCUUCUAGAGAACGACUCUCGCAUCAUGAAGAGCGAACUGUCGCGACUCUCUCACGAAAAGGCGGCCAUGGGCGAAAAAAUCAAGGAAAACGUGGACAAGAUUGCUAACAACCGACAACUACCUUACCUGGUCGGAAAUGUUGUCGAGCUCCUAGAUCUGGACCCUACCGCCGAGUCCUCCGAGGAGGGUGCCAACAUCGACCUCGACGCUACACGAGUAGGCAAAUCUGCUGUCAUCAAGACGUCCACGAGACAAACGAUAUUCCUGCCGCUCAUCGGCCUCGUUGACUCGGAGGCGCUCAAGCCCGCCGACCUCAUCGGUGUCAACAAAGAUUCGUACCUGAUUCUUGACACACUGCCUGCAGAAUACGACAGCCGCGUCAAGGCGAUGGAGGUCGACGAGAAGCCUACCGAGCAGUACACCGAUGUUGGUGGUCUAGACAAACAGAUUGAGGAACUUGUCGAGGCCAUCGUGUGGCCCAUGAAGGAGGCAGAACGAUUCAAGAAAAUUGGCAUCAAGGCUCCCAAAGGCGCUCUCAUGUACGGUCCUCCCGGAACUGGCAAGACGCUGCUGGCCCGAGCCUGCGCGGCGCAGACGGAGGCCACGUUCCUCAAGCUUGCUGGCCCGCAGCUGGUGCAAAUGUUCAUUGGCGACGGCGCUAAGCUGGUACGAGACUGCUUCGCCCUGGCCAAGGAAAAGGCUCCUGCUAUUAUCUUCAUCGACGAACUCGACGCGGUUGGCACAAAGCGGUUUGAUAGCGAGAAGAGCGGUGAUCGUGAAGUGCAGCGUACCAUGUUGGAGCUUCUCAACCAACUGGACGGUUUCGCCUCGGACGACAGAAUCAAAGUCUUGGCCGCCACGAACCGAAUUGAUGUCCUGGAUCCCGCCCUGCUGCGAUCCGGACGUCUGGACAGAAAGAUUGAAUUUCCGCUGCCCAACGAGGAGGCGCGUGCCCAGAUCCUCAAGAUUCAUUCCCGCAAGAUGACUGUCGACCCGGGGGUGAACUGGGGCGAGUUGGCGAGAAGCACAGACGAGUUUGGUGGUGCUAUGCUUAAGGCUGUUUGCGUAGAGGCAGGCAUGAUUGCGCUGCGCUCUGGCAAGAACAAGAUUGGCCACGAGCACUACGUGGACGCCAUAUCUGAAGUGCAGGCGAAGAAGAAGGAUACGGUCAAUUUCUAUGCAUAG